CCUUGGUGGUGAUGUUCUUAAACAGGCAUAAGCAACCUAUGGCACGCACGCCUCUUGGCAAAGAAUAAACCUAAAUUUUUGUUUUUUACUAUAUUUCAGGAAGCGAUAUCAUAAUAAUUAAUAUUCUUGGUUUUAAUUACUAGAGAGCGGUGGGUUUACAGUUGUCAUAUUUCACACCGUACUUCCGUUUCCGUUUCAACAUUUUUGACUUGAAAGAAAGAAUAAACAAUAACGUGUUUUUGUGUUUUCACGGAGAUUUUGAUAUUAAUGGAUGACGUUGGCAUAAAACAACUUUUGUACACUGGAUACAUCUGACAUAUUAAUCAUGUUUUAAAGACCAAAGGAAAAUGUUUUAGAGAGCAGAUUUGCUCUGACUUGAGAUAAAUACCAACAUUUCUUCAUCUCAUUACCUGGUGCUUUUGCAGAAUUUUAGAUAUUGGUAAAAUCAGUUGAUAGCAGCAGAUAUAUUUCUAAGGAAUAAAUUAUAACAAGAAAAAGGAAAUUAUAUGCUGUGGUGAGAGAAGAAAGAUAAGGGGAAAAUUUAUUACUGUGAGAAACUUCAAUGGUUGUGUCUAUUUGUAUCCCUUAGAGAAAUGUCAAAAGAAUUAGUGAACAUAGGAUAUCAUUGUAAAAUAUGUGGUAAAUCAUUCUCUACAUGUAGUAACUUGGUUAAACACAUUCGUGUUCAUACAGGUGAGAAGCCAUUUCACUGUGAUGCCUGUGGUAAAUCAUUCUCUCAAAAUGGUAGCUUAAGUAAACAUAUACGUAUUCAUACAGGAGAGAAACCAUAUCACUGUGAUAUCUGUGGCAAAGCAUUCACUGAGAAUAGCCAGUUAAGCAAUCACAAACGUAUUCACACAGGAGAGAAACCAUAUCACUGUGUGAUCUGUGGUAAAUCAUUCUCUGCAAACAGCGGCUUAACUACACACAAACGUAUUCAUGCAGCAGAAAAGCCAUUUCAAUGUGUUAUCUGUGGUAAAUCAUUCUCAACAAAAGGUAACUUAACUACACACAAACUUAUUCAUACAGGAGAGAGACCAUUUCACUGUGAUGUCUGUAGUAAAUCAUUCUCUGCAAGUAGUGACUUGAUGAAACACAAACGUACUCAUACGGGAGAAAAGCCAUAUAAUUGUGAUAUCUGUGGUAAGUCAUUCUCUGAAAACUCUAGCUUAACUAAACACAAACGUAUUCAUACAGGAGAGAAACCAUAUUCCUGUGACUUCUGUGGUAAAUCAUUCUCUCAGAGAAGUAACUUAAAUACACAUACAUCUCUCCAUGUAAAAGUGUGAUUGUAUCAUUGUCAAAAUUCAUUAGAACACAGUUCCUUACCUUGUUUCAUGGGUGAUGUGAAAGUGUAUAUCGCACAGACUGAAUCGACGUUUGCCGCAAACAAUAUUGCCUCCGAAGACCAACGGCUCCAUGUAUUAUUUGGCGCAAUACCACCGUCUGAUAUAGCCACUGUGAGGGACCUGGUAACCAAACCAUCACAUGAUGCCAUGCAUAGGAGCAUUAAGCAUGAGAUUGUUCGACGCACGUUCUUGUCGGAAGAAAGAAAAUUUCAAACCCUCAUAAAUGAUGAGCACUUGGGCGACCGUAAUCCCUUGCAACUUCUACACCGCAUGAAGGAAUGGGCCCAAAAUGCACCUGCCAAUAGUGCUUUAUUGAAAUUCUUUGUCUUUUCCUGGUUGCCCUCUAACAUUCAAGCCAUCCUAGCCUCUAUAGUGGAGACAACUCCCGUCAAACAAAUAGCCUCCAUCGCCAACAGAAUCAUAGAGACUUCCAGCAGUCCCACCAAGCUGACCACUGUAUACAUCUGCACAGCCAUCAGUAGCAUCGGUUUCCACUGAUAAGGACCUUGCCUUGGCUGCAAGCCUGAAGGCAAUACUUGAAUUAAAGGGAGAGAGUGCAGCUCUUUGCACUUCCAGGUCACGUUCACUCAGAAGGCGUUCUUUCGAUUGAUCUUUCUCACCUUGCUAUCCUUUGUCCCCCACUCAUUCAUCUAUAUGCUGGUAUCAUGCCAAGUUUGGAGCUUCAGCACAUAAGUGUACCCAACCCUGUACUUUUUCUCAACAGGAAAAUGACCAACCAGAAAAUUGAGCAUGGCACAUUCUCUGCAGCAUCCAGCGGUCAACCAUGCAUUUUUUCACCACAGACCCAAACAUCUCCUUGGCACAUUCAACACUAGAUGUGCAUUUCAACCAUGUACACAUUGAUCAUGACCAAUCUACCUUCUCAUCUGCAUUGAUCACUUCACAUUUUGGCUGGAAGCUAUUCCUUUAGUAGACAUCACUGCAGAAUCUGUUGCCAAAGUUUUUCUCACUGGACGGAUUUCAAAGGGUCAGCCUUGUCACACUGUGUCACGCUGAAUAUCCCCGAGAACUACGUUAAGGGUACACAUGUCUGUGGAGUGCUCAGCCACUUGCACGUUAAUUUCACUAGCAGGCUGUUCCAUUGAUCGGAUCGACUGGAACCCUCGACGUCGUAAGCGACGGAGUGCCAACAAUAACUUUGGUCCACCAAGCUGUCUAAAACUAUAUGCAUCCGAACUAUAAUAAACUACCUGUGAACUUACCAAACACUCUUCAACACAUAUCACCAACGAUGCAUUUUUGUUCUUCACAGUAUUCCUUCGAACUUUAAUUGACUUGAACAUUUUACAUUAUUUACAUUUGACGGAUAUUUCUCUUCAUCAUGUUUGUUGUUAACACAACGUUUCGGCUGAUAUACCCUCCAGCCUUCGUCAGGUGUCUUGGGGAAAUUUCGAACCUGGGUUCUCAUUCCUAACGAUGUUACUAUUAUUAUUAUAAUUAAUCAGGUCGCUGCCGUGAAUCGAACUCGGAACCUUGGGGUUAGUAGCCCGCGCUCUUAACCACUACGCCAUUGUUAGGAAUGAGAACCCAGGUUCGAUAUUUCCCCAAGACACCUGACGAAGGCUGGAGGGUAUAUCAGCCGAAAUGUUGUGUUAACAACAAACAAGAUGAGGAGAAAUAUCCGUCAAAUGUAAAUAAUGUAAAUAAUGUAAAUAAUUCCUCAUCUCUUAAAUAUAGAACUGUAUUGAACAUUUUACUUAUCUCUUUGUGUUCAUGUUCUGUUUACCCUUACCAUACUCUGCUUUCUCAUUUUAGUUUCUCAUUCUUUGUUGCAUUGCAUUCUUCUGCUUGUAUUCCAUGUUCUUACCUGCAUUCUGCACUGCAUAUUUGCAUACGCCAUUUCGUUACCUCUUUUUGACUUUUUCAAGUCUAGCAGGAAGCUAUGUAUCAUAGCGACAUAACUGAGGUGUAAUAACGUGUGACCAGAGGCGCUACAGUCGUCCUGCACAGCAGACAAACAUAUCGAUGUAGCUAGCCUCGCUUUGAUACAGUAGCCUCGUUCUGAGCUACACUGCAGAAACGAUCUCAGUUACUGCCAGGCCUUGGUCAAAGACACACGUCUCCACUGCAGCUUCACACAUGUUACAUGUCUAUUCACCUUGACAUAAGAUAUUUUGUAAAUGAAGAUAUUUUGUUAUCACACACACAUUCUCAAAAUGACUGUUCUCAUCACACACAUGCAUAGAUACUGUAAUACAAAUAUUAUAUGUUACUUCUUUCAGUGCAAAAGCAAAAAUCAAAACUUUCUUUGUAUGUAAGCACACAUGUUUUUGUAUCAAACUACAUGCUUCCACCACAAAAGGUGAGCACAGAAUAAACAUUAUAUUUAUACACGAAA